AUGGAUUUGCAUGUAUCUGCUUCCGUCUAUGCCAGCAAUAACCAGAUUGAAGUGACUUGGACGCCAACAUUGGUCCCAUGCAGCGAUGAUUUCAUCGGCAUUUACUUUGUCGAAAUUCCUCGCCCCACAGGUGCCUGCGAUUAUUUCGACUAUGAAUUUGUACAAACAAAUCAGACUAGUAUGUGGUGGCAAAUGGUCAAUUUGCGUCGUCCACUUGAGUUUCGUUACUAUUCACGCGAUCACAAUUGUUCGGGUAACUAUUCAUUUGCCGCCAUAUCACCCGUUGUUCAACCACUGAAUUAUAAUGAACCAACACAACUCCACUUGGCCUAUGGCGAUCGAAUCGAUCAAAUGUUUGUUUCAUUUGUGACCAAUUCGAGUAGUUACAUACCUCAGUGUCAAUAUGGUUUGGAUCCAUCGUCUCUCGAAUGGCAGAUGAAUGGAACAACAGUCACUUAUACAGCAUCAGACAUGUGUGAAGGCAAAGCCAACACAUGGGGUCCUCAAACAUUCAUCGACCCAGGCUUUAUGCAUACGAUUCUGCUCAAUAGUCUUCGUCCAUCGACCACUUAUUUUUACCGGGUAGGCACUGAUGAACAUGGCUGGUCAUCGAUCUUCUCAUUCACCAAUCGUCCGGUAAAUGAAGACUCUGAAGUGACUCUGAUCGCCUAUGGUGACAUGGGAUUGUCACCGGUUGAGCUAGGUGCCAAAUCAACAAUUGAUCGAGUACGGGCACGAGUGAUGUCAACUAACAUCACAUGUCUGCUACAUAUUGGUGAUAUCAGUUAUGCCCGAGGCAUCGGUGCAUUGUGGGAUGCGUUCAUGACUCAGGUAGAACCAAUAGCAUCUCAUGUACCGUACAUGGUCGGCAUUGGAAAUCAUGAAUAUGAUCAUGUUACUGGCGGCGAGAAAGAUCCAAGUGGAGCCCCAGGUCCUGGAGGAUUUCGUCCGGCGUGUUUUGAUGUGGGACCUAUUCAUAUUGUAUACUAUUCAACUGAACAUGACUUUCGUCAUUCAUCACCUCAAUAUGCCUGGCUCGAAGGAGAUCUUCGUUCGGUGAAUCGUUCUCGCACACCGUGGCUCAUUGUUGGUUCACAUCGACAUAUGUAUACAUCGGAAUUAGAGAAUCCGGUGGACUUGAUUAAACUGAUGCUACAACUGUAUUUGGAACCGUUGUUCUACAAGUAUCAUGUUGAUGUUAAUUUCUAUGCGCACAGACAUUCGUACGAACGAAGUUGUCCGAUGUAUCAAAAUAAAUGUGUUGAUGAUGGUAUCACACAGGUUUUGAUCGGUAUGGCUGGACAGGACUUAGAUUCGAGUACAUAUUCCGGUGCUGAAUGGAGUUUGUAUCACGAUCAACAAUAUGGCUAUACACAGGUGUGGGCUAAUCGAACUUAUUUACAUUUUACCUAUUAUCACAAUGCGGAUGAUGCCAUUGUCGAUCAAUUUACACUUAACAAAUGA